AUGGAGAACAAUCGCCUUCGACGUCUAGUACGACAGACACUACGCACAACCGCUGUUGUGGUGACCAUCUUGCUCGCGCUGCAAUGGACCUUUAGGAGCUCGACCAGCAACAGAGCCAGCCACAUACAUGGUGCAAACAGCGCAUCUCCAACUCAUCAACCUCAGAGCACCAUCUGGGAGCUCAUCAAGAACGACAGCCGAGUGUCCACGUUCGCCAAAGUGGCGGGGGAGUUCAAGAAUAUCGUGGCCGGUCUCGAUGCUGCGGAGGCGAGCUUCACCGUCUUCGUCCCGACCAACGAGGCGUUUGAGAGGGAAGACUUUGCCUGGGACCUCCCGUCGUUCUACUGGUUGUAUCUGAUCGGGUACCAUAUGGGGUCUGGCGCACUCUCCCAGCGAGACUUCUUACACACAACGACGGUGCCGUCGUUUGUCUUUGCAGACGUCUUCGAGACGUAUCGCCAGCGCAUUAGCACGCAGCGGCUCGAUGAAGGCUUUACCCUGAACCAUCUAGCACGUCCAGCUGCCCCUGAGAUGGCUGCAGUGAAUGGCUACAUCCAUCUGAUAGAUCGAGUGCUCAUGAUGCCAGAGUCGACUUCCGAUCUCCUGCGAGACGACCCUGACUUGAGUAAGCUACACAGAGCUCUCAUCGAGACGGAGGUUGCCAUGACGGUCAAUGAUACGUCCAACCAUCUUGGCCAGACGGUGUUUGCCCCUACCAACAGCGCUUUCGGCAAGCUGGGCUCCAAGGCAAACCAGUUUCUCUUCAGCCCCUACGGCAGGGAAUACCUAAAGGCGCUGCUGCAAUAUCACAUCGUCGCCAACAAGACCAUGUUCACCAACUGCUUGUUCCCACACGAUGGGGAGCCACUAGUCCCCCUGAAAAACGGGUCACAAAUACAUCUUCCGACUCUACUUCCAGCCCAUAAUCUGAGCAUCACAGCCGAUUUUGAUGGGUCUCGAGCUGAUCCAAGGGUGAACGGUGCCGUCAGCAUCGACAACCCUGAUAUCGUGGUCAUGGACGGGGUAGUACAUAAGAUCGAUACCAUCUUGCUGCCUCCACUGCUGGGAGACGAGUCGGCUCCUGAGCAUUCCUGGAUGAGCACUCUAAUGCAGUGGCUAGUAGGCCCGCCAGAUAUGCCAGUCGGAGAGCUAAAGAAGAGACUAGAACGGCUUGUUCUGGAGCCAAGUGAGCCCCUUUUCCGCCAGUUCAUAAACCUAUCAACCACCAAUAUGGAUGAAUGGGCCCCUUGA